AUGAGAAGUCUGGGCCCACCAGAUGCUGAUGGCCAAAGGGACCUACAUAUCCUCCAAGCUACUAUUUUUGGGAAGAGAGAAAACCCUGGGGGUACUGGCCGAAUGAAGUUCGUCCUGGAGACCUGGCUUCCGGAUUCCCAUUAUGCCUUCCAGGAGCACAUGCUUGCUGCUGUUGGCCUCAGCCGAAAGUUCAGAGAUGAGCUGAGCGAGGCAACUGCCAAGGUUGACUAUCGGCGCUUAGGAGUCAGCGUCGAAAGAAUCGAGGAAGAGGCCGCUCAGACAGCCGAAGAGGUUGCCCGAGCCGUUGAAGCCUGCGAAGGAGGUGAGGGAACCUCCAAGGCUGCUGAGGACGAGGCAGCAGCAGCAGCAGAAGACGAGGCUCUGUUGAAGACUUCGGAGGAAGCCCAGCAGAGUGCUGUAAAGCAGCCUGCUAAAGCUGCUGAGGAACCCGUUGCUGAGGGUUUCUCAGCAGACAUCACAAGAGAGGCUGAUGCGCUGAUCCUCGAGUCUGAACAUCAAGAGGAAAUCAUAGAGAUCAGCCAGGAUGAGGAUCAGCCAGACCCUGCUGAAGAAGAGAAAGAUGUUGAACCAUCAAAGGUUCAGGAAGAUAGAGCAAGAGUAUGGUCGCUGAAGGCCACUACUGGGAUGGGUGAGUCCAGCAGAAGGGUUCCUGACCCAGCCAGAUCCAACCAAUUGCUGAUGAUGCAGUUUGUACAUAAUCAGACUCUCACUGUAGAGCUGAUUGAUGACCUCCAAGACAAGUUGGAGAAGGCUGAAGGAGAGAGGAAGAUUGCCGAAGCUGAGGCAAAGCUUGCUGGGCUGAAGCAGCUAGCAGCUGAAGAGAAGCAACAGGAAGCUGAAAAGCAUGGGUUGGAGGCUGUUGAAGCCCUCCAGACCUUCUGCAAGGCAAUGGAGGAGGAAGUUUUUCCCCAGCUGAUAGAAGGGGAGAAACUUCUCCAAGAGCAUGGGGUCGUGGACAUCCCUAGUUUCAAGGCUGCCAUUGAGCGCCGAAUAGGGGAGCGCACUGAAGAAGUACAGCAGAGACUGGAGGCUUUGGAAGCCAACAAGAUGGCUGCUGAAGAAGUGCUCACGGCCAGAAAUGCUCUCCUUUCUAAGGCCGCUGCUUCUGCUGAAGCUCAGGACCUUAUGCUUCAAGAGCUUGAGGAUCAGCUGAAGGCAAAGGAGGACGAACUGUCCAAGGCACAGGCUGAAGCUUCAAGGGUCUAUGUCUACACCCAAGAGGAGUAUGAGGCGGGUUACAAGACUGGGUUUAGAGUCUGCCGAAGAGUCUGCCUUCAUGCUGAGCCGAACUUGGACUGGUCCAAGUGCGCCAUCUGGGUCCGAGAUUCUGAAGACCCCCACAUGCUAUAUCCAAUUCCCGCCGAAGUAAAAAUUCUAAAGGCUGAAGAAGCCGAAGAAGAAGCUGAGCGGAGGGAGUUAGAAGCUGAGCAGAAGGAAAGAGAGGCUCAGCUGAGCGCAAAACCUGCCUCUUCUGCUGCUGGGGCUGAACCUGCUGAGGGACCCAGAGGUGUUGAUCAGCCUGAUCCUUCGGUUGAAGCAUAG